AUGGCAAACUCUGACUUAUGCGGACGCGUCUUCGAAACCCAAGUUGAUCAUAUUCUUGUUGGUAAUGUCAUGGAAAAGAGUGUUGUUAAAAACGAAUUUGAAUGCCAGGAGAAAUGUAUUGAGAAGGAAAGCCGCUGUAAAUCGUGUAACGUUUACCCGGAGGAAAACGAUGUUAUUUGUGAGCUGAACAACAAAACUCGACUGAUGAAAGCAGCUGAUUUUAAAAGAAAGAGAGGAUCUACGUACUACGGUUUGGUGCAGAUUUCCUGCAUCGAAGUUUUUUACGAUGAGAAAGCAGCGAGAAACUCCGGCCAUUAUCAUCCAGGACGCAAAGGGAAAGGCUGCCUAACACGUGAGAAACACUCCAUGUUUUCAACUUCCAAAACAGAAACAGACAGAAACACAUACACGGCUGUACCUGGCUGGUCUUCCCGUCAUCCUGCUCUGUCCUGCAAGCAGAUUUUGGAAGCUGGAGACUCAAAAGGAGACGGGGAGUACUGGAUCGACCCUGAGAAAAAUGGAAGUUCUUUAAAAGUAUUUUGUGACAUGACAACUGAUGGAGGAGGCUGGCUCCUAAUCUAUAACGUUAUUGCUGGAGGAACUGUGCCCCCCACCAAUUUGAAUAUUGAAGAGACAUAUGCAGGAGUCAGUCGCUACAGCAGCAACAGAAUGGUUCUCUCUCCUGACGGUAUGCGAGAGCUGAGAUCCCGCAUGUCUUUCACUCAGCUGAGAUUCCACUGCCGUAAACGGCAACAUGGACGAACGUUUCAUGUCAAAACGGCCGCGAACAGCUCUGGUGAAGCUGUAGUCGGGUUUUUCGGCGGUGAUACCGACGUUUUUCCCAAAGCCUGUGGCUCAUUUGAGAAACUUAAGGGAGACAACUCAGUCCUUGCAAGUAAAUGCGUUGAAUGGGGGAAGGAAAACGGCGUGUUUCAUGUUGGAAAAUGGGGACAUGAAGGGAAUAAGGAGCUGUAUAUGUACUCAGCAUUCAUUGCAAAUUACUGUCAUUGGGCCACGUGGCCAGGCCAUGGCAGAUGGGAAUGUGAUGACUAUCGGAACGAUUUGACGCGCGGCGACUUUUGGAAGAUUUAUGUCCGUUAAUUAAUGCAACGCUUUGCGACUCAUUAGUGGAAACCCCGUAACUGGCGUUGAAGGAGCAAACGAACAUACUUUAAGAUUAGAGCAUCUUGAACUGUUAGCUUAAGAUUUUUGCGCCCGUCGAAAAUCCGUUCUUUAUCCGUAAUUGGUGACCUUCUCAAAUCUAAUGUACAAGUCAUCAUUGAUGAACGAGUUAAUUUUAAAGAUCUUUGAAUCAACUCAUCAUCUUAACAA